AUGGCAAAUUACUAUGACAUUGAUGAUAUUCUCACGGAGGAAGAGUUUGUUCCAGUUGUAUUCCACAAGGUAGUGAAUGGAGUGAAGAUUGAUGAGAGUACCGAAAGAGGUUUCGUUGAACAAGGUUCAAAGGCAGAACUACCUUUCUGGCUUGCUCGUGAGUUACACUUGAGGCAAGCUGUAUCAAUGAGUGCUCCUGCCUGUUUCAAUGAAAAAACAAGGCUGGAAAUCCAGGCUGAUGCGGCUUGUGUGGAUCUAAGGUCUCGCUGUCCAUACUUCUAUGAAUUUGGAUGCAAGCUGGCACCAUUGUGUGAUAAAACCAUUGGGUUAUUGCUCUCUUACGCGUUCAGAAUCCGAUAUAAGGAGGUCCUAUAUAAGGCACACACUACAGCAUUUGCAGCAGCCUCUAAGUUCUUGGCACUUUUGACAAAGGAAGAAACAAAUUUGUAUCAGGCAGCUCAAUCCUCAUUGACAGACUUUAAGAGAUGGCGAAUGGGUGGCCCUAGAUUGCAGAGAGCUUCAAUUCUUGGUAGGAAGAGAAAACCAACAUAAUAGGGUGCCUUUCUAUUCUUAUGUACUCUUCAUUCAAACAUUGAUGAUUCUAUUAAGUGUGUACUCAGAAUUGCAUCAGAUGUUCGUAAACAUGCAUGAGUGGUUCUUUUCUGUAACGAUGUACUCUUCAUUUAGACAUUCAGGCUGCUGAUAAGUGUGUCUUGAGGAUUGGAGAGAUAUUAGUAU